AUGCGCUUUAAUUUCCAAGCGUCCAACAAUGAGGCCGAGUACGAGGCCUUUCUUUGCAGCAUCAAAAUGUGCAAGGCGGCAGGAGCCAAGGAGAUUCUGGCACUAUUUGAUUCCCAACUUAUUGUGAGUCAAGUUAAUGGAAAUUACGAGACAAGAGACCCAACAAUGAUAAAAUAUAUGAAGGUCGUCCACCAGGAAGUGGAAAAAUGGAAGAGCUUUGAAGUAAGGCAGGUCCCUCGGUCAGAGAAUAAUCAAGCUGACGCGUUGUCCAAAUUGGCCAGCUCCGCAUCUGGUGAUACCCCCCGAUAUGUAUUUUGGGAGGUAAAAGAUCAGAAAAGUAUUGAGCAGCUUGAAGCGGCAGUUCUAGACAGAAUGUCCACCUGGAUGGACAAUAUAAUUAACUUCAAGAUGAAUGGAGUCCUACCAGAUGACCCAAAACAGGCGGCAAAGCUCCAGAAAAAAUGUUCUUGGUUUGAGAUGUGGAACGGAACACUGUACAAGGCCUAUUCCCGUCCUUUACUGCGAUGUGUGACGCCUGAGAAAGGACAAGAGAUCCUACAGGACAUUCACCAAGGGUGGUGUAGUUCGAACAUUGGGGGAAGGGCCUUGGCUGUAAAUGCACUUCAAACUGGCUAUUAUUGGCCAACUCUGAAGGAUGAUGCACUUUCACUGAGGUGCAACAAAAGCCAGCGCUUUACCCAUCUGAUACACCGGACAGCUCAGAUUGUGACACCCAUCACAAGUCCAAUACCCUUUGCUAAGAGGGGAAUGGAUCUCAUAGGCCCAUACACCACCGCGCCGGGUGGGAGGCGCUAUGUCAUUGUUGUUGUUGAUUAUUUCACCAAGUGGGUGGAAGCGGAAGCAUUAAAGAACAUUCCUAAGGCAUUCAUAUGGAAAAACAUCAUCACCCGUUUUGGUGUGCCACAGUUGAUCAUUUUUGACAAUGGACCGCAGUUCGAGACACCGAAACUUAAGGAUUGGCUGGCCGAGCGUGGCAUAGCCGGCCAUUUUGCAUCGGUUGGAAGGCCGCAGGCAAAUGGACAAGUUGAGGCUUUUAACAAAAUCAUUUCUGAGGGAAUGAAGAAGAAGUUAGACGAGGCUAAGGGAUUGUGA